AUGUUCAUUACUAAAGCAUCUGCGCAAAGCAACAGCAACGACGUAUUCGAUCCCAAGGGGCGCACAGAACUCGCGCUUGAAGCUCUACAAUUGUGGUAUAACACAACUACCGGCCUAUGGGAGUCGACUGGGUGGUGGAAUGGUGCGAAUAUCAUGACAAUGAUUGGCGACUACGCGAAAUCAGAUACUGAAGACGAAGAAUUGCAGGACCUGGCAAGCAAUGUCUUUGCGACUGCGUUGCUAAAGGCGCCGAUCAAAAAUCCAGACGCGAGUAUUGAUGAGCUAUGUGCUUAUAGCACAACGCCAACUGUCGGCAACACGACUUGCCAUCAGACUGCGUACACGAAGAUACUCGAUCCGGAUACCAACGAGCCUCACACAUUCUAUCCGCUUGGCUGGUACGAUAAUGGGGGGCCCUAUUCCACCAGGCCAGAUCCGCACGACUGGCUAGACGGCUACUACGACGAUGACCUCUGGUGGGCGUUAGCCUGGAUCAAUGCAUACGACGUCACUGCCGACCCCGCUUAUCUCACCCUCGCGGAAGGCAUAUUCCUCGCUGUAUCGCGCACCUGGGGUACUUACUGCUCUUAUGGCGGUAUCUACUGGAAUUGGGAAAGGGACUACGUAAACGCGAUCGCUAAUGAGCUCUUCUUCAGUACAGCUGCGCAUCUGGCCAACCGCGUCCACGACGAUAAAAAUAAGACCCUGUAUUUGUAUUGGGCGGAGAAAAGUCUGAAUUGGUUCGUUGGAAGUGGUAUGAUCAACGAGCAUGGUACAAUCAACGAUGGACUGACGGAGGAUUGUGCCAACAACAACAAAACUGUUUGGUCAUAUAACCAGGGUGUAAUCUUGGGAGGUCUUGUCGAACUUUACCAAGCUUCAACCUCACCUCACUCUACAUACCUUGUUCUCGCAUCGGAAAUCGCGAAUGCGGCACUUGUCGCGCUUUCGGACGAAAAUGGCGUUCUACACGACGAAUGCGAGCCUAACUGUGGUGCCGAUGGCGCUCAGUUCAAGGGCAUCUUCAUGCGUAAUCUGGUCAAACUUCAUACUGUGGCACCGGAAAAGGUGUUAGCAAACGCUAUCCACGUGAAUGCGGCGUCUAUUUGGGAACGGGAUAGAGCGGUGACGGUUGACGGUUUACCUGUAUUCAGCGUGAACUGGCGAGGGCCAUGGGUCACUCCGGCGAAUGCAAGCACGCAUAGCUCGGCGAUGGAUGCACUUGUCGCUGAUCUGGUCGUCGACUGA